AGAGACGAGAGAAGAGGGACAAAGACAGAGGGAGGGGUGCGGAGCAGGGGAGGGGGCAAGACCGGAGGGAAAGGGAAAGAAGCAGAAAGGAGGAGAGGAGAGAGCGCGAGGCGGGGGAGGGCGGAGAGACACGGCCCGAGAAAGGCCCCUGCGAGCCGGGGACGGCCGCGCGCGGGGGGAGGCGCGGAUGGGCAGUGCAGAGCCGGGGAGGAGCACACGGAGGCUGCAGGAGACGGGGGCCAGGUGAGGCCGAGGGCGAGCGGGCCGGACCGGGAGAGAGGACCGGGAAGAUGGAGCUGGAGCGGGAGACGGCGGGAGCAAGACCGCCGGAGCCCUGGACCGAGGCGGAGGUUCUCAGGCUGCGACCCUCUGCCAUGGCCUGGCUGGCCCCUUGGAGCGCCAUCCUGCCCUCCCUGGCGGCCCUCGCGGUCUUCGAUGCCUCGGCCUGGGCCUGUCUCCUCUGCUUCACGUCUUACGAGGAGCGCCUCCAGAUUUGCCAGAUCUUCAUCGGCCUGGACAGCCCCGACCUCGGGAAGUGUGAGGAGGCCUUCGCAGACGCCUUUAAGGGGCUGCUGGACACUGAGAUCAACUACGAGGAGAGGGGCCAGCUGCACGAUGCCUUCACCCAGAUGACCCACUCCCUACAGGAGAUGGCCGCCGCCCAGGGGUCCUUUCGGGUUGCCUUUCUUCAUGCUGCGGAGAAAAUGCAGAAGAUUAUAUUACAGCUUAAGGAAGUGCAGGCCUGCAUUCCUCCCUGCGGGCUCCAGGAGGUCACCCGGCGUUUCCAGUGCCGCGGAUGCUACUCCAAGGUCUGCGAUCUCCCGCUUGACUGCCCAGUUCAGGAGCUGACGGUGACUCGGGGUCGUCAGGCCAUGUUCUCUUGCACUGUGAACUUCCAGCUGCCUAAGGAAGAGAUCACCUAUUCCUGGAAGUUCGCAGGAGGUGGACUCCGGACUCAGGACCCGACCUACUUCCGAGAUAUUCCGCGGGCCCAAGGUUACCUGGCGCGGAUCCGGCCGGUGCAGCCCACGCACCGCGGGACCUUCUCUUGCGUGAUCACGCAGGACCAGCGCCCCCUGGCGCGGCUCUACUUCUUUCUUAACGUGACGGGCCCGCCCCCGCGCGGGGAGACCGAGCUCCAGGUCUCUUUUCGGGAAGUGUUGCGGUGGGUGCCGCAGGAGGCGGAGACGAUCGAACCCUGGAGGCCCAGCCUGGGCGAGCUGCUGGCCACACCCGGGGCUCUGACGCCGGGCAACCAGUGCCUGCUCGCGGCCCUUGUGGCCUUAGCAUCAGCCAGUGUGACCGUGCUGACGUGGUGAGUCCCCGGGACCCCGGAGCCCCAGCCUCCGGCUCUCUCUUUAUUCAGACUGGGACGUUUGGGUUUCUCAGCCCCUCCUCCCUCAGAUCCGGAACUCCGAGUCUCCAGCCCCCUCUUACUCAGGAGUCAUAAGCCCCCGCCCCUGGCUUCUCAGAUCCAAGAGUCCAAGCCCUAUCACCCGCCUUUGGAACCUAGGCUCCAGGACCCAAACUUCUGGUCCCCAGCCUCUUCCCCCGCCACAUACUAACAUCUCCUUGUUUCCCCAGGAUGUUUUUUCGAUGGUACUGCAGCGGCAACUAACAAAGGUAUCUCUUCUUAUCCUAUUUUCAUCCUUAAAAUAAAGAAUCUAUUUUGGCUCUCUA